GCUAACUUAGCUAGUCCUGACUGACAUUUGGAAUGACAACAAAACGCUUUUUGAAAGCUACAUCUGCGUCGCCUAGCAACGGCUCGACAGUUUGUCAACAAACCGAAGAAAAUGAUAAAAUGUCAGCGAUAUUAUUGAUAAUUUUAUGGAUUACUAGCCAAUGCUGGAGCAGGAAUGUCGAAGGAAAACAAUAACUUGCGACUGCUCGGCUCGCCGGUGAAUCUGACCUAUAGAAGUAAGAAAAGGGACGAUAAGAAGAACAUAAAAAACCGACCGCGGUCCGCGCUGCAGAAUUCCUGCUCUCUGAAUAAAGAUAACCAGGAACGAUAUAAAAGGCCAUUCUCAGCGGACACCAAAGAUAGGUCUCCGUCUACGAGGUCUUUACUAAAGACAUUCAGUGCUGAUUUGCUGCAGUCUUAUAAUAAUUCACCACUAAGUGUAAAAGUGCUGCCACCUACAGAAGAAUUACUAUCAAAUUCUAAAGUCUACCUAGAUCCAGCAAUUAAUAAUAGAGAGAUAAGUAGCAAUGCUUCUGAUUAUGGCUCUGAAGAUACCUUCAUUAGUUUAGGCACCAAGAUUAAAGCUAAAGCGCAAUCUGGUGUCAAAAAUAGGAACAUCCCGAAAAAUUUCUUAAAGUAUAGAAACAUUGCCAAAAAAGGGCGAAAGAUUAUGGAUAAUUCAAUAAAUGGGCUAAGUGGUAGCGGUAAUAUUGAUAAUAAUUAUGGCGUAGAAGUAACCAUUAAAGAAAAAUAUCAAAGACCAACAUCACCUAUUAGAAAUAAAGAUCUGUUCCAGCUAAGAAGUACCUCACCUCAAUUUAAGAAUAUAACUUAUGAGUCAUACUUCCUUUCUCUUGAUGGUGAUAUUAAAAAUGAGGAUGCUUUAACAGGCAGGGUUUCUUUUGCUCCUGCUAACAAUGAGGUAAAAAGAUCCAUAGAUGCAUAUUCACGUCAUUUGUACCUUACUAAACAGCAACUGUCGUUAGUAGAAGAGGAGUCAACGCAAGAUCUUGAUAGUAUUCCUUCUCAAAAUAAUAAUAUCGCAAGCCCGUCGCCAGAGAACUAUGACAUUAAUGAUAAUCAAAAUUUAAACAGAGAGAAUCUAGAAAUUCUCAACUCAGGAGAAAAUGACAAAAUUAAUAAUUAUCAAAAACAAUCAAACUAUUUUAUGAAUGACACUAAAAACUACAGCAACUUUUACAACGACAUUCAUGCAAAUACCGAUCCAUACAAGGCUACAUUGUCGAGUACGGUUAUUCAUACAGAUACUUCAUCCAAAGAUUCUGGUUACCCAGAUAGUUGCGUGAAAGAAGAUAAAGGCAUUGCUUCUAAUUAUUCGCUUCCUACAACAGCAUUUAAAAAAGAAACAGAUUUUAAUAUGCAAAUGCAUGAUCAGCCGAAAAGCUUGGAGCUUUUGAAUGAAAAAGAUUAUACUAAUACUCAAAGUGAUCAGAAAUGGGUAGAGCCAUUAAAUCAUAGCAGAUUACUCUACAAAGAUUUCUUCUUAAAGAAAGAAGGACAUCUGGCUUUACCACCUCAGAAUUCUCCAACCAAAAGUGAAAUUCAUAUUCCAGGAACUAGUGAAGUCGUUAAAGAAACAGCUGACGCUGAAAAGGAUAACUUUGAAUAUCCCACAUAUCUUUUAAACAGUAGUACAAAAGCGUAUACUUCUAAAGUCAUUGAAGAUUAUAAAAAAGAAUUGGAAGCUAUAAACAAUUUACACGAGCUAACACUAAAAGAUAUAAAAACAGAUGCUAUAUCGCCGACACCGCUUAACAUUGAUGAAUUAUUUCAACAUCAUUCUAACAACAUUUCACACGAAAACAGAGAUUCUAGAGAAAAUUCCCAAGAAAGCGAGACUUUGAGCGACCCUCUAAGCGAUAAAAAUUCUUUAGACGCCAAACGUGAUAAUAUUUCUAAAGUAACAACAAAAGAACUGAUACAGAACUACCUUAAAAUCAAAGGUGAUUAUUCAAAGGAAGGUAAAAUCUUAAAAAAGUAUGAUAAAAAGCUAAACAACAUUCAUUCUAAAGUCGAAGAAAAUACGAGUUAUAAACAGUUUUGGAAUAAUAGGACGGCCAAAAAUAACCUCGAUAGAAGUAAUGCAUCAACCAAUGCAAGAAAUCAGAAAAAUGCGCUCGCAUUGCGUACACCAUCAAGUGCAAGACUACAAGACGUGCAAAAUGAUAAAGAUAUUGAUUCAUGGAUGUCACUUUCUGCCCCAUCACCUAGACUUCUUGACAUAGAUAAUUUAGAAAUGGCAUCCGAAUCGCCACAGACAGCUAAGGCAGAUUCAGGCAAAUCAGACAGUCCUCCUAUAGAAGAAGUUAAGGAAACAAUUCAAUCUCAAAGUAAUCAAAUUGCUGUAGAAACUCAAAAACCGAAAGAAUUGAACUCAAAGUCCACAGUAUUGGAUAUUUAUUCAAUGUUAAAGGAGAUAGAAAGUUACGGUGAGAAUCCUGUAACAUCUGUCAGUAAUGUAAAUGGUGGCAAAGAAUCAGAAGAUAAGGAACAGGAAAGGUGUCCAACUCCUAAGGAUAAUUUUAUGGAAAUCUUCGAGUUCUUGGAGAAGGUUGAACAAAGCGCAAAUGAUGCGCUAUCGGUUGUCACAAACACAACUCCUCAAACUAUUCCCAAAUUAGAGGGACUCCUGAAACUGCCUCAAACAGAGCUGGCCCAAAGGCUAGUGACAGCUUCACUACAGUUGGAAGAAAGAUCGUGUUGCAUCGCGCUACUGCAAGAAAGCCUUACUAACCAUAAAGAACAGAUGAUAUCCAAAGUCAGCAACUUGGAGAAACAGUCGCAUCGUAACAUCGCUAAAGUGAAGCAGGAGUGUGAGGAGACCAUAAAGAGACACCAGAGCUUCAUUGAUCAGCUAAUAAACGACAAGAAAACAUUAAACCACCGCAUAGAGCAACUGGUGGACGAGCGCCGCUCGCUCGAAGAACGCUGGAAGCGUUCUGCGCAGGCGCUCGAGGAGCGAUACAAACUGGAGCUGAGGAACCAGCACGACAAGAUGGCGGCCGCACAACAGGUCGCCAGACAAAGAUGGGUGCGACAGAAAGCUGAAAAGAUAAAGGAGCUCACAGUCAAAGGUCUAGAAGGUGAACUACGCGAAAUGGCAGAACGCCAGCAGAAGGAAGUGUCAGAUCUGAAGAUGUUCCACGCAGAGCAAACUGGCCGUCUCAAUGCUAAACAUGCAGCAGAGUUGGAAGAAUUGAGAAGAAGUCUAGAGCAAGAAAAAGAAGCUGCUUUAUUGAAAGAGAGGCAGCUAGCCAGUUCUAGAAUGGAGAAACAGAUUCUGGAAUUGGAAUUAUCUUACCAAGAGCAACGCACGCGCCUGAUCGCAGAGAUGCGCGCAGAAAACGAACGAGUCGCUGCAGAACUCGUUGAGAAGGAGAAAAUGCAAAAAUUGGAACUUGAACAUUGGAAGAGUGAGCAAGAAAAAAUAUUAGAUGAAAAGAGACAACAAUUAGAACAGGAAAUUGAACAAGAGAAAGAAAAAUUGGAAAUUAAAUUAAAACAGAAACGCGAAGAAUUAGAAAAGGAAUUCGAACAAUACAAGAAAGAUUACGAAGCCGACCAGCAAUUACUUUUGAAAAAGAAAGUGACAGAGAUAGCCGCUCAGCAUAAGUUGGAAAGAGAUAAAGAGAUCGAGAAAGCUAUUGAAAGUAUGGAAGCUGAAGCUCAAGCUGGGAGAAAAGAGCUGCAAGAUGCCUUAAGAAGAAACAAAGAACAAUACGAAGCGGAAUUAAAAGAACUCGCAGAAACGGAACAAGCCACCCUCAAGAGAUACCAAGACGCCCAGGCCAGAAUACGCCAGACCGAAGAUAGAUGUGCAGAACUUGACGUUAUGAUUAGUCAGCUUGAGACAAGAAACAGAGUUCUGAUUGAGAAAAACACUCAAUUAGAAUCCCGCGCGGAGGAAGUAAGAGCAAAAUGCGAGGCGUCAUGGCGCGGCAAAGUGGACGCGCUGCAGAAGGAGAUAGAAGACAUGAAGAAGACGCACGAGGAGCAAAUGCAUCAGUUGUAUGCUAAAGUGAAAGUGGCCGUGGCUCGAAAAGAUUCCGCCAUUCAAGCCUUGACCAGAGAGUCAGCAAAGUACCAGGAGAAGAUCACGCUCCUCGAACAAAAGCUGCAGCAGCAAAGGAAAGAUUUCUUGAAGUCUAAAUAAUACUUAACUUACGUUUAAGAGCUUUUGGUUUGCCGCUGUAUUGAAGAACUCAUUGGAUUUUAAUACUAUACCCUUGAUAUACUCUAAAAUUGCGUUAAAGAAUAAGCUUCAAGUCUUUAAGUGUUGGGUAACAGAAAUAUCAAUAUUGGUAAUACGCUAAGCUUAAAAUAUAUUGCUGCGUUUAUUUUUGAUAUAAACAUUUUCUCUUGUUUGGUGGCUUUUUGUAGUGCCAGACCAGCACAAUGCACUUCGCCAGCGUCGAGUAGCUUGAGGGAGGCACAUAGGAGAUUAAUGGGCAAAAAUUUGCCAAUUUUCUGAGUAUUGUUCUAUAAUAGAAGACUUAAUAUGAAUACCUACUGAAUACAAAGUUACUGAUAGAAGCUAAAGUGAAUGCACCUCAUGUGUAUGCUCAAGACUGCAGCGAAGUGUCAUUCUAUAGUCUAUAGUCUAUACUCUAUGUCAAAUACAUUCCUAUCCUGUUGUCAACACUGCACAAUACUACAACUUUUAUAAGUCAUGCCGAUAUUCACGUUUAGCGAUUUAGCGUUCCGGUACGAUGCCGUGUAGA